AUGUUUGCGGAAGAUGAAACCAAAGCAUACACAAGAGUUCAAUGUGACAGUAGUGUGAUACAUAAGCGAAUAAUUCAGGAAGGCGCGUGGGGUUCAAAAGCCACCGAAAACGCAACAGUCAAAAUUGUAAUAAACGAUGUUACGUGUACAGGUGUGCCCCUGCAAAGCCUUCAAGAAUCAACUGCCAUAUCGCAACUUUUAGACCCAUCAUUUAAUGGUUCCUUUAAAGUGGGAGACGUGGACAGUGUUAUUGACAAGUCGUUAGAAACGUGUGUGCAAUCAAUGUUGGUAGGAGAAACCAGCAGCUUCAAUAUUAAAUUACCUUCCAUUAGUAACCUCAAGCAGGAAGAAUGUUCUGUGUUCCCUUAUGUUAUUCAGUGUUCUAUCAAACUAGAAGACUUGACCAAUGAUACCCCCAUAUAUAUGUGGACAAUUGAAAAAAUUCAUGACUUGGCACUUAAACACAAAACCGAAGGUGUGAAAUUGUUUAAUAGUGGUAGGAAAAUAGAAUCUUUUCUUAGGUUUAGCAAGAGUUUUAAGAUUCUGAACAUAAUUAAAGUUACUUCUGAAAAAAAUAAAGAUUCUGAAGACUUUCUUUCUUUAAGAAUAGCUCUUUUAAACAAUAUGGCAAAUUGUCAACUUGAAUUUCAGAAUUACAUUCAUGCCAUUACUCUUUGUAGUAAAGUUCUAAUCCUAGAUCCAAAUAAUAUUAAAUCACUGUAUCGUAGGUCAGUGGCAUAUAUGAAUAUUAAAAAACUGGAUGAAGCAAAGGAUGAUUUACAAAAAAUAUUACAAAUAGAGCCAUGUAAUGCCAUUGCAAAAGAAAAAUAUUCAGAUUUAAAAAUAAUAAUGAAAGAAAAAGAUGCAAAUUAUGCAGCUGUUAUAAAAAAAAUGUUUUCUAGCUGA